AGCCCGACCCACUUCACUCUCACCGCGGAGGACCAUUCAUAAAAGUGGAAGAAGAGGAGGGGGGGCUGGGCCGGGCUGGGAAGGUGACUAUGAGAGAGCCGCAGUCGGACUCCUCUUUAUUGAAGGCGAGCCCAGAGUGAAAUAUUUAUUUGAGAAAAAAAAAAAAUUUUGAAGAAAUUUGCCCCCUUUUUUUUUUUUUUUGUGGGUGUCACCGGUAAGCGUUGGAUCCGUCAACCUACUGCGACUCUCCGGUGUACAACCCGGAGCUGUGCCCCAACAUGAUCGCCACGCAGGCCAAGCUGGUGUACCAGCUCAACAAGUACUACACCGAGCGCUGCCAGGCGCGCAAAGCCGCCAUCGCCAAGACCAUCCGGGAGGUGUGCAAGGUGGUGUCGGACGUGCUGAAGGAGGUGGAGGUCCAGGAGCCGCGCUUCAUCAGCUCCCUCAGCGAGAUCGACGCCCGCUACGAGGGCAUGGAGGUGGUCUCGCCCAGCGAGUUCGAGGUGGUGCUCUACCUCAACCAGAUGGGCGUCUUCAACUUCGUGGACGACGGCUCGCUGCCGGGCUGCGCCGUGCUCAAGCUGAGCGACGGCCGCAAGAGGAGCAUGUCCCUCUGGGUGGAGUUCAUCACCGCCUCGGGCUACCUGUCCGCCCGCAAGAUCCGCUCCCGCUUCCAGACGCUGGUGGCGCAGGCGGUGGACAAGUGCAGCUACCGCGACGUGGUGAAGAUGGUGGCGGACACCAGCGAGGUGAAGCUCCGCAUACGCGAGCGCUACGUGGUGCAGAUCACGCCCGCCUUCAAGUGCACCGGCAUCUGGCCGAGGAGCGCGGCGCAGUGGCCCAUGCCGCACAUCCCCUGGCCGGGGCCCAACCGCGUGGCGGAGGUGAAGGCGGAGGGCUUCAACCUGCUCUCCAAGGAGUGCUACUCGCUGACGGGCAAGCAGAGCUCCGCGGAGAGCGACGCCUGGGUGCUGCAGUUCAGCGAGGCCGAGAACCGGCUGCUGAUGGCCGGCUGCAGGAAGAAGUGCCUGUCGGUGCUCAAGACCCUGCGGGACCGCCACCUGGAGCUGCCCGGCCAGCCGCUCAACAACUACCACAUGAAGACGCUGCUGCUGUACGAGUGCGAGAAGCACCCGCGGGAGAGCGACUGGGACGAGGCCUGCCUGGGGGACCGGCUGAACGGCAUCCUGCUGCAGCUCAUCUCCUGCCUGCAGUGCCGCCGCUGCCCGCACUACUUCCUGCCCAACUUGGACCUCUUUCAGGGCAAGCCGCACUCGGCCCUGGAGGCGGCCGCCAAGCAGACGUGGAGACUAGCCAGGGAGAUCCUCACCAACGCCAAAAGCUUGGACAAAUUAUAAAAAAAAAACUAAAAAAUACAAAAAAAAACUGACUUUUUAAAUUUUCUCCUUUUGGAAGCGGCAGACUCUCCGAGCAAUGUGAAUAAAGACAAAAUAAGACAAACUUUAAAAAAAAAAAUGGAAGCGAGGACCGAAAACGAAGGUACAUUUUUUUUUCAUGUCCUAUAACUUUUAACUCCUUUAUUCCGUGUUUUCACAAAGUGAACUACCUUUAUUUAAAUGAACAGGAAAAAAAGAAAAGCGUGCCAACUUGAUGAUUUUUUUUUUUUCAUGGUGUGACUCAAAGAAAUUAAAAAAAAAAUGUUAAAUAAAAUGUUGCAAGUUAAAUUUAGGCCUCGUGUUUGAAUUAGACAUUUGCUAUUUCUGUUUUUGGUUCUGGAGGGGAGAGACUGACUCCAUUUAUUUUUUAAAUUAAAUUCAACAUACUUGUCCAGGGUGUACCCCGCCUUCCGCCCGAUUGUAGCUGAGAUAGGCUCCAGCGCCCCCCGUGACCCCAAAAGGGAAUAAGCGGUAGAAAAUGGAUGGAUGGAUUUAAAAAAAGAAAACAUGUCUUUGUUAAAAUAAAGCCUUGUUAGCAUUAAAAAUUCAUUUGAUAAUACACUCUAAAA